UCUACUUGCGUUUAUCAGGAACUAAUUACACUGUAGCUCCCAAAGACCGUUAGGAACGUGGGAUUAAGUAAAAGUAGGCUUCCAUACAAUUUCGACAGAUUCGCCGCACUUUCGGAGAGGAAAGUCAGAAACAGCAUUGUCUAAGCAGAAAACGACAUAACAAUUCUUAUGGAAAUUUAGGAUUCACCGAUGGCACAGCACUGGUCUUUCCUCCUAGAGCUGCCUGCGUUAUGACGAAUCGGUGUCGCACGGUUCAAGUACUACUUGACAUCGCCGCUCCCACGUGUUCUCUGCCAUUCUCCAGCGAGGCGCCCGCCGUAACCCCGACAGCCUGCAGCCUCGGUGACUUAAAAAUAUACCAAAAGAAUAUGGCUGCACAGAUAUCAGAAUCUGAUCAGAUAAAACAGUUUCGGGAAUUCCUGGGAACCUAUAAUAAACUUACAGAAACCUGCUUUUUGGACUGUGUUAAAGACUUCACAACAAGAGAAGUAAAACCUGAAGAGAUCACCUGUUCAGAACAUUGCUUACAGAAAUAUUUAAAAAUGACACAAAGAAUAUCCAUGAGAUUUCAGGAAUACCAUAUUCAGCAGAAUGAGGCCCUGGCAGCCAGAGCGGGACUUCUUGGCCAGCCGAGAUAGAGAAGUGCCACUGGCUGGACUCUGGGACGAGGCUGCCACGGCUGCUGCACUGGAGAAGAGGACUCAUCCGGUGGAAUCCCUGGGAGCGGUGGGCACCGUGUUGAGCUACUGUCAUGACUUGUUCGGCAAAUGGAAACCACUGGACAAAUGAAACUGCUGCUCACCAGGAAAAAUCAAAAUAGAGGGUCUUAUUGUGCGGUGAAAAUAAUAAGGUACAACAUCUGUUGAGGCCUUAAGAUUCAGUAGCUUGAUCAUUUAGAAAAAUGAGCCACUGUUUCUUCAAUUGUGACUGUUAAUUUUAAAGCAAAAUGUGUUCAAUCAUGUAAGAGAAAAACAUCUAUUACUGAAAGUGAAAUAAAUGGGAAUAUCCCUGAGCAGUUGUUUGUAAUGUGUAGAACU